UAUAAUAACAACGGAUGUGACGCGUAGCUAAAUGUAAAUACAGAGCUUACUGUGUUCUGCAUUGAAUACUACGUACAAUUUCCAGAGCUAACGAAUAAUACAUUGUUUAAAUAAUAUGGAUAAUUCCGGGAAAGAGAAGGAGGCUUUGGCUCUCAUCGCUGAGGCUGAUAAAAAGAUGAAAUCCUCACGAGGAUUUGGGAUGUUGUUCGGAGGUUCAUCCCGGAAGUAUGAGGAAGCGUGUGACAUGUAUGUGAGGGCAGCAAACAUGUUCAAAAUGGCCAAAAAUUGGAGUGCUGCUGGCAACGCAUUCUCCCAAGCAGCACACCUCCAUCUGCAGAUGGACAACAAACUUGAUGGAGCCAUCAAUUUACUUGAUGCAGGCAAUGCUUUCAAAAAAGCAGACCCACAAGAGGCCAUCAACUGCCUGAACCAAGCCAUUGAAAUUUACACCGACAUGGGCCGUUUCACCAUUGCAGCCAAACACCAUAUAUCUAUUGCUGAGAUCUACGAGAGUGAGCUAUUAGACGUUGAUAAGGCCAUUGCUCACUAUGAACAGGCUGCAGAUUACUACAAAGGGGAGGAGUCAAACAGUGCUGCAAAUAAGUGCCUUUUGAAAGUGGCCACCUAUGCUGCCCAACUGGAACAGUACCAGAAAGCCAUUGAGAUUUAUGAACAGAUCGGAACAUAUGCAAUGGACAGCGUCCUGUUGAAGUAUGGAGCUAAAGACCACUUCUUUAAAGCAGCUCUUUGUCACUUCUGUGUGGACAUGCUUAAUGCAAGGCUGUCUGUACAGAGAUAUGAGGAAAUGUUUCCAGCCUUCUCAGACGCUAGAGAAUGCAAACUGGUUAAGAAACUUCUAGAUGCAUAUGAGGAACAGGAUGUGGAUGCAUUCACCGAUGCGGUGAAGGACUUUGACUCCAUCUCAAGAUUGGAUCAGUGGAACACCACUAUGUUACUUAGGAUCAAGAAACAAAUACAGGAUGAUGAGAGCGACCUUCGCUAAUCCUUCCCUCUGUUAAUCCAUCAGAACAAAUCAUAAUCUCCCUCGCUACUCCUGGAACUUUAACACUAUAUAUCACGUUACAUUCCUGAAUAACUUUCCAUUUUUCUGUCUGGUUGGUCUCAUCCUUUAAUCACAGGCAUUGAACCCUUUAAAUGAGUGUUUCCUGUCUAUCCACUUAUCAAUCUCUGAUGUGUUGUCAAGCAACAAGGGUCCUGGCCCAGACCCCAAAGAUAAACUACUGGAAAAAUCCUGUGUAGAAUAGCACCAGGUAGAUAAAGAAGUGUAGCUAUUAGCUAGCCCAUCCAAAUAAGAUGGAUAAUUACCUGAUACUAAACAUUGUUGUAGUUUAUUUCUUGUCAUGUGUUGUUUUCUGUCACAGUAACUCCACGUCACUCUCAAAGUGCUCAUGCUUAUAGGUAAUCUAUGUCCUGGACAUUUCCAGAGGCAACAUUUAUGUACUACUAGAACAUACUGUUAUAAACUGGUUUGUUAAACACAGUGUUUCAGUCAUAAAAUGUCAAGGCUUCUACUUUACUUAUUUGAAGUAUGUUGUCAUUGCUCAAUGCUGCUCGUCUUACACAAUAGCAAAGUCAUCAGCCAAAGACGUUUUUAAUUGGGCAUCUUAUAUUGGGUUCAGACUACGGAAGAGAUGGUACACAUUUUUCAACUCUGUACAUUAUUUCAGAGGAGUCUGCUAACAGCCAUUCCCCUUUAUUUAUUAAUCUCUAAAAUGUGAAAUGUUGAAUUGUGUUUUAUUAUACAGUAGAUACUAUUUCUGUUGUCAUUCCAAAGGAAAUAGAUUUAAAUUCCCACACAGGGAGAUGAUUCCUAUCAACCUGUCCAGGCACUUAAAAGGUGGUGGCUUAUUGCAACCUUGCACUUAACCAUUUUGAUUUAUUGUCCAUCUUGAUUAUUAUUUGAUUAAACAUUUUGUUUUAAAUUAUACAAUUAUCUUGUGGCUUGACUAAUAAGAGGUAAAGCAUAGUACAUGUACACUACACAUUACUCAAACGUCUGUAUUACAGAGAAACAGAUUAAACGGAAGGAUGAUGAUGAUAGUUAAUGAUCCAUGAUAAACUUGUCUGCUUCAUUUGAUUUACAGAAUGGUUUUUAACCUAAUUCACUGGGUUAGCAUAGAUUAAUCAAAUAAUUACUUGUAUUGCAUGCAUUCCAUGUCUUGUUUUAUGCAAAAUUAAUAAGAAAUCUGACUUUUUCUUCUCUGACUAGUUUCUGUCAUGCUCUUUUAUGGUUAUAGAGAUAUAUAUACUUAUUGAAGGCAUACCUCACAUGUUCUGACAUGGCCAAUUAAGGACAGGAGCAAUUAGUGAGGUAUUGAGUUACUUGUCUGCUUCAUGUGGAAAGUAAUAAACAGUGAAGUCUGCCUUGCCAACACAUCUGACUAAGGGCUGAUGGCUAAGAAAAUAUGUAAAUUAAAUGCACAAACAUUGUUUAAUUAAAACCUUUUGGGGUGGGACUCUGUUGGAGCAUGGUGGGUUCGAUCUGGGAUCAGUGUGUGUUUUGCUCUCUACCUGUAUUGUCUGUAUAAUCUUUAAAAAAUGCCAAAUAAAAAUAACAUGUGCAAACA